GUGUCGAAUGUUUAAAUUUCAUUUGUUGCGUGCAGAUGUUCGUAAACAAAUAAAAAAGUUGAUUAUGUUAAUGUAGACGGAGAAAUAUUAGUUUUAAUUUCAAUAAUUGUUAACAAAAUGGAUUUAAACGGAUUUUUUGGCGACGUAGAUAUUGGAAAUGGUUUAAAUGUAGAUAGUGUGCUAAAACUAAUAAAAAAUAAUGAGGAUGAAAUCGAAUUAGAUUUGGAGAAUCUUUUAAGUAAACAGUGUCAAAUAGAGUCCAAAAUGCGAGGUAUAUCAAGAGCAAUGCUUGUUCUUAACGACGUAAGCAAGGAUUCUAAAAAAUUAGGUACUCAAAUUGAUAGGACAGCUCAACUAGCAGAAUCUGUAAGUGCAAAGGUUAGGCGACUGGAUCUCGCGCGAAGCCGUGUUUCUGAGUGUCAACAACGAGUGCACGAUCUUAUAGAUCUACAAUUGUGCAGUCAAGGUGUUAUGACUGCAAUUGCUAACGAAGAUUUUGAAAUUGGUGCUGGUCAUAUUAAUCGAUUUUUGGCGAUGGAUUUACAGCUACUUAAAAGAACGGCGGACGAUGUCCAGGGAUCGGUAAGUUCUGUCAGCGAAGCUAUAAAAACCCUGGAAUCUGCUACUGUCGAAAUGCGCGAUUUGAUAGUGCGUAGAUUUAACGAGGCUGUAAAGAAAGAUGAUUUAGCAUCGGUAGAAAGAUUUUUUAAAAUAUUUCCUCUUCUUGGACGACAUGAGGAAGGUAUCGAAAAGUUCUCCAAUUAUAUUUGUAUAAAAUUAUCGAUAAAAGCUCAGAAAGAACUGCGCAACUCAAUGGACAUAGCAAAAGCUGAAAAACGAUUACAGUUGGCAUUUGCGGACACAUUAACAACGUUGUUGGAGAAUUUUGCUAGAGUAAUCGAAGUCAAUCAGCCAAUAGUUGAGGCAUGCUAUGGCGCUGGUUAUUUGUUAGAUAUGCUACAAGUUCUACAAUAUCAAUGUGACACAGACGUAAAGAGCUUAUUACUUGAAUUCAAUAAAAAUCGCAAAAUCGGACUUCGAACGCAACAAGUUAAAGAGGGUUAUUCUCGAAGUACUAACACUAAUACAACGUCGGCGGUGACUUUAGGCCAUUAUCGAAAACCAUCGGGAGGAUCUAUUGAUAAGCUUAAUCCCAAAGAUAUCGAUGCGAUUAUUGCAGAGAUAACAGUUAUGCAUUCUAGAGCGGAACUAUAUUUUCGAUUUAUGAAGAGGCGAGUAACGGCUGACAUUGAAUCUAGUUCGUUGGAUAAAACGACAAAGGAAGGUAAAUUGGAAGAAAUGAAUAAUGUUUUAAAUAAAUCCGAUUUAAGUAGACAAAUGCAGGAGUUGCUUGGAACUUAUCUUUUAUUUGAACGUUACUUUAUGGAGGAAAGUGUAAUUAAGGCUAUUGCUUUGGAUACUUACGAAAGCGGUCAAUUGUGCUCUUCAAUGGUUGACGAUGUAUUUUUUAUUCUAAGAAAGUCAAUAAGACGCUCUUUGUCUAGUCAAUCUGUAAACGGAACAUGUGCUGUUAUAAACAAUGCUGCAACAUGUUUAGAUAGUGACUUUGUCAAUGCAUUGCGAGCGCCUUUAAAACAAGGUUAUCCCUCUGGUUAUAUUGACUUGGCCCAAGCCUACAAUGCUAUACAAAGCACAUUGCAACAGGGUAGAAUCCAAUCGAGCGACAUUGAGAAAUCCCGGGUACAUUUCUUGGUGCAACUUAACAAUGCCGACAUGUCAACGGAGUACAUUGAAACUUUGUGGCAAACUAUGGAACAAGAAAUUAAAGGGGCCUUUCCAGCAAUAACAAAUGUAGAGAAACAACUAAUAGAUAGUUGCCUAGCAGAGCUUAAAACUGUCCGUGAUACUUUAAAAGCAUGUGUAGAUUUUGGCAUGCAGCAGUUGCGUUCAAGUGCAAUCAAACCACGUCUACAUCCAUGGGUCGAUCAGUUUCUUAAUUAUAAACAUCAUUUUUCAGAAGAUGAAUUGGCAUCAUAUGAGGCUGGCGAAACGUUUGUUCAAUUUUUGAUUGUACAGAUUGAAGGCUUAUUAAAUACUUUUAGACAAAUGCUAACUCCACGCAACACGGAUGCUCUUAUUAGUAUUGUGGCAACAGAAUUGACAUUACGUUUAGAAAGAGCAAUUAAGAAAUGUACAUUUAAUCGUUUGGGCGGCUUAGUACUCGAUCAGGAAGUGCGAGUUUUAGGCGCCUAUUUGGCCAGUGCAACCUCAUGGUCAAUUCGUGAUAAAAUGACCCGCCUUACACAAAUUGCUACCAUAUUGAACCUUGAAAAGGUAUCUGAGCUAAAUGAUUACUGGAAUCCGGAUAACAGUUCGGAAUUGUCUUCUUGGCGUAUAACACCCAACGAAGUCCGGACAAUACUUACAUUACGAACUGAUUUCCGCAUGGAGGACAUAAAGCGAAUUAGAUUUUAAUAUUAAUACAUAUAAAAGUUACUUUAUAAACAUUUCCUUGUUAUUGCUAAAAUUUUAUUACAAUAUUGUAUACAUACAUAUGUACGUAAUGUAUUAAUUUUAACCUCAUUUAUUCAGUAUCAGAUAUUACAAAAAACAAAAUAAAUAAAAAAUCAAUAUUUAACGA